CAAAUUCGAGAACAGUUGGUCGUUUCAACAUUUCAAAGUGGCCAUGUCUUCUCCGCCUCCGCUCGCCCUCUCGAUCCUCCUCUCCCGCCUCCGCGGCUGCAGCAGCAGCGCCGCCAGCCACGCGCUCCAGUGCCACGCCCUCCUCCUCACCUCCGGCCACCUCGCCGCCUCCCCGCUCCGCCUCUCCAACCUCCUCCUCCUCGCCCUCGCCUCCGCCUCCGCGGCCUCCCACGCCGACGCCGUCUUCGCGCGCCUCCCGCUGCCCGCCUCCCGCCACCCCUUCCCCUGGAACACCCUCAUCCGCCUCCACGCCGCCGCCAGCCCGCGCAAGGCCCUCGCCUACUUCGCGCGCAUGCGCCGUGCCGCGGUGGACCCCGACGCCUACACCUUCCCCGCCGUGCUCAAGGCAUGCGGCUGCGCCGUCGGGCUACCGCUGCACGCCGAGGCCGCGACGAGGGGCCUGGAUCGCGACCUGUUCACGAGGAACGCGCUCCUCAGCUUCUACUGCAGGAUCGGGGACUGCCGCUCCGGGCGCAAGGUGUUCGACGACGGCGCGCGGGACCUCGUUUCCUGGAACUCCAUGGUGGCCGGCUACGUUGGAUGCGGCGAGGUGGAGCUCGCGCAGGAGCUGUUCGACGAAAUGCCGUGCAGGGACGCGUUCUCCUGGGCCACCAUGAUUGAUGCCUACGGGAAGCAGUCCGGAGGCGUGGACCGUGCGCGCGAGCUGUUUGAUCAGAUGCCCGACAGGGAUCUGGUGUGCUGGAACUCGAUGAUCGAUGGGUAUGCUAGGCAGGGGAGGAUGGGCGAGGCGAGGGCGCUCUUCGACGAGAUGCCUGAGAGGAACGUGAUCUCGUGGAGCAUCGUCGUUGAUGGUUACGUUAGGUGCGGGGAGCCUUCGGAGGCUUUGGAGCUUUUCCGAAGGAUGCUGAGGUGCGGUAUUAGGCCUGAUAGGGUCGCUGCGGUCGGGGCUGUCGCGGCGUGUGCGCAGCUGGGAGCUCUGGAGCAAGGCAGGUGGCUGCACUCUUACUUGGAGAAGAAGAAGGUUUUGUUCGAUGUCGUGGUCAAGACAGCUCUAAUGGACAUGUACAUGAAAUGUGGCCGCUUGGAUCUUGCCACGUUGAUCUUCGAAAGCAUGCCUGAAAAGAGCGUGGUUACCUGGAAUGUGAUGAUUGUUGGGCUUGGAACUCAUAGUUGCGGGCAUGAUGCUGUCAAGCUUUUCUACAAAAUGGUGUCUGAAGGAGCACCAAUGGAUGAUCUUAGUGUACUUGCCGUGCUGACUGCUUGCACACAUGCUGGGUUGAUCUCAGAGGGUUUAACGAUAUUUCAUAGAAUGAGCAAGGAUCUUGGGAUAGAUCCUAAGGUUGAACAUUAUGGUGCAUUAGUUGAUCUCCUUGGCCGCGCUGGACAUUUGGACCAGGCUAGGCACGCCAUAGAGACAAUGCCGAUGGAACCAACUCCAGAACUAUGGGGAUCUCUUCUUGCUGCCUGCCGAAGCCAUAGGUGUGUCGAGCUGGCUGAGCUGGCGGUUGAACGCCUAGCAAGUCUUGGAGCAGAUGACUCCGGAGUCUAUGUUCUUCUGUCCAAUAUAUACGCUGAUGAGGGAAUGUGGGAGGGUGUCAUGAGGAUUAGGAGACUGAUGAAUGCUGAAGGGAUGAAGAAGGACACUGGAAGGAGUGUGAUUGAGGUGGAUGGACAAAUAAACGAGUUUGUGAACGGAGGCACUUCACAUCCACAGAAGGACGAAAUUUACUUCAUGCUGUGGAAUUUAGCUAACAUGGUAGCAUCUACUUGAUUGCUCCAUUGUGCAGCAAAUGUGUCUGAAUCCUCUGAUCUGAUGCCUGUUGAUUUAACAUUCAUGGCAUUUGAUUCUAAACUGUGGGAGGAGCUCUUGAAACUCUGUUACUUCCCUGGGUUUCCCUGAACCUGGAAGCUGCUUGCCCUGAUGAAUAUAUGCAAAUCUUCCUUGGUUUCAGGAAAACAAACUGUUUGGUUGGAACUCUGGCUUAUUUCCUGAUGAAGUGAGCUAUCCCCCCAAGUUCUAUUGAUAUACCAGCCAAACAGGUUUCCAAUCACAAAUUUUGAGAUCCGUGGGGUGGUCCAUUCUGUUUUCUUUGAUUGACUUGCACAGAGGCUUAACAACAAGUUUGGCCUUAAUAAGAAGUCUUUGAACCUCUCGUGCUUCGUUAUUUUACAUCAUCAGAGAAGACAAAUGAAUCUCAGAUUGAAGGCUAACAUCAUUGAAUAGCCCCCAGUAGAUCCGUUCUUCAGGAACAUACGCGGGGAUACGAAGGGCUGCAGGGCCUUGAUGACAUUACUGUGGGGAUGCGAACGUUUGGUACAUGACCCGUGUUUAAUCCUAAUGUUGGGCCCAAGCCAGGCAUCUUGUGUCAUGCAAAAGGAAACAGCUUGAGAUGGAUUCUCCUGCUUACUUCCAUGUGAAUGCCUUCUUCCUGCAUGCAGGACCACUUCACUAGGAGCAACUAUGACCCCUUCUUGUUUUCAUAAGAAAAAUGAUGACCUACUUCUACCACCAAAGAGUAGCACUAGGGCCACUGCAUGACAGCUUUUUAUUCAUCUCGCCAUAUGAAUCCUUUUCUCUAUUGUCACUCUCAGAAUACCACUGGACCGAUCUUCUUUUUCUCUCAUUGUCUAUUUAGGAGAUCUGCAUGCUGCUCCUGAAGCCAUUUGAAGAUGACAGGGUGGAGAAGAUACUGUUAAACGUCUGCUGGAACAGAAGAGCAUUUACAGCAAUUAUACACUUUAACUGAUAGCGACCAGGCGUCCAGAAGAUCCAGUCUGAAGCUCUAAGGCUUUUCAAGCAGAGGACUACAUUGAGAGACAGGGAAGAAAAGGAGGGUCAAUUAUUCGGCGCCAAUCAUAUAUACUGUCGAGGCGGCGGAUAUCUUAGAGGAACAAACUUCAAGGAACAACGUAGGUGAGUAGUGAACUAAUUCAGUGAAAGAACAUGCAUGCUUCAAGAAACUACCUAGGAUACUUGGGAUGUCCAUGAACUCAUGGUGCUGAAGGACAAAGGGAAGCUGACAAGUAUGUGUGUAUGGCGCAUCAUCUCUGAACAUGUAAAGGUGUAUGUGUGGCAGAGGAGUGUGAAGCAUUAGGACGGAGAUGCAUGGAUUCUGCAUUUCAGUUGGGAAAUCUGUGAGAUGCAGGUGCUUGGAUUCUGCACUUCUCCCUGCCUAGUUCUUGUUCUGUUCAUCACUGUCACUC